AUGUUCAAGGACUUAGAAGAGUCGAUACAGUCGAGAGAGUCAAACUAUAGUAAGAAGGGCUUCAACAAAGUUCAAAAUAACACAGAGAACAAGGAGGAAGAGGUGCCCCAUCACACUUUCCCUCUACCCUCGGAGAGGAACAUUCAUGCUGUAAUCAGAGGAGUUCCUGCGACACUUUCGGAAACGGAGAUCAAGGAAGAGUUGCAACAGAGGGGAUAUUCCCCCCUGCACAUAAUUCGCCUGAAACGCGGUGGCGGCGUGCCCAUGCCUUUGGUGGCUGAUAACAUUCCACCUUUCGAUGGAAAUCCUAAACAAUUACAUAGAUUUAUAUCUUCUUGCGAAAAUUUUCUAAGAGCUUUCCAAAAUACAAAUAAUGUGAAUGAUCCAAUCAAUAUUUGUUUGCUAGAUACCAUUUUGAGCAAAUUGAGGGAUCGUGCUGCAGAUUUAAUUGGUUCGCGAUCAGAAUUAAAUUCAUGGGUAGCAAUAAAAGAUUCUCUUACUGUAACUUUUUCCGAUCAACGGAGUAUUGAUUGUCUCAUUCAAGAUUUAAUAUCAAUAAGACCUUUGAGAAAUGAAACACCUAUGCAAUUUGGAAUGAGAAUCCAGGAUGCAAGGAGUUUGCUGUUUUCAAAAUUGAAUACUUCCAUUGAAAAUGCUAUGGAAAAGUUGAUCAAAAUCAGACAUUAUGACGAUUUUGCUUUGAAAACUUUUAUUAGUGGCUUGCCAUACCAAAUGCAAUUGGUUAUCCGUUUGAGAAAUCCCGAUUCAUUAGAACAAGCGUUGUCAUUUUGCACAGAAGAAGAAAAUUUCAUUUACUUUAAUUUGGAAGAAGAUACCUUAGCAUUGUUAAAUUCAGAUCCCGGAAAUCCUAUUACGGCUUCACAACCGUUAGAUUCUUCAAGAAAUAUACACAUUUUACAAGAUGUUCAAGUAGCUCCACCGAAUAACAUACAAAAUGAAUCUCCUAAAGACAGCGAAACCGAGACAGCCCACACUUGUAACGCGGAAAAUAAUUUCAAUGAUGGUAUUCCUAUACUAGAUGAAAUAAUCAAUAAUAAGAUGGAUAUCGAACUAUCUGAGGACGAAGAGGAAGAACAUCUAGAGUCUGAUAUAUCACUCCCUACUACUAAUGGUAGGAAAGACAUCAACAUUGUCAAGCCUUACUCAUCUUCCUGUUUACGGUCAUCUAUCACAAGAAAACGAAAACUACGCGAAGACAAUGAUAAAACCGAUGAAUUGCAGAGAACAAUUAAAGCAAAAAGAAGAUUCUUUUGA